CCUCAGUGCUACAUAAUGGAUUAACUUCAUGAACGGUUUCUUAACUUUCUUUGCCCUUGGCCACAGCAAGAAUUAAGAUAUAUUUCAUUUUCAUUUCUGCUUUUUGAAGAAUACAAUGGCGUCUGUGAAAGUAGCUGUAAGAGUAAGGCCGUUUAAUCAAAGGUAGAGUGUUUUUUUCUCGUUGACAUUUUUGUCGAAGUAAUGGUAGCGUUAUGUAUUUUGUAUCUUACGUUACGGUCUUUGAACACACAGGGAAAUAGACAUGGGUGCCCAAGGGAUUAUCGAGAUGGAAGGAAAGAAAACACGCAUUGUCAACAUCAAGGUAAUACAGCGAUUUAGAUUGCUACAUGAGUGUAUGUGGUUCAUUGUCUUUCCACGACCAUGUUGUAACUUUUGUCAUGUAGGGCGAGCGUAAACACCUUCUUCUAUAAGCUUACUUAAUUGCCUGCUAAUUUUCCUCAGCUUUUAGCUAUCUUGAGUCAUAUUUUGAUUUGCAGGCAAGUACGGUAACUGGCGAGGGAGAGAGACGCAGCCGUGUAAAGGAUUUCACUUUUGAUCAUUCGUACUGGUCGUUAGAAAAGAAGAACCCUCAUUAUGCAUCACAAGAGCGGGUAAGGUACAUUCGAUCGAACUCAUGAUCGCAUGACUGGUCGUUUAUAAAACGAUAUACGCUAACGUUCUCGAAAAUUUUUCUAAGAUUUAUCAACUAAUCGCAGUGCCAACUUCCUAGUCAUCAGUAAAUAAAAACAAAGCUAAGAAGCAAGUAAACUGUGUCACAUCUGGAUGGACCAGUUAACGAUCUUUUUGAAAUUAUUUGACUUUCGUGAGAACCAUGUGUGUGGUAAAAUUUGUGGCCUCUUGCCAAACUUAAUCGUCUCAAGCUCAAAAAUAUUCUGCUGCAUUUAUGGAAUAAAAUUUGAGGAUCUGAUGCUGCCCUUUUAUUUUCGGUUUGAAAUAAGUUUUGAUGGGGCUAGGUCAUUUGCAAUGCAAAACAAAUUUAUUGGUGAUCACGAGCCGUAACGACUGAGUAACCUUUGUCCAAUAAUUUUCAAUGGCAAUGAAAACAAUAUGAAAACUCUGGAAUAAUAGCAUCACAAUGAAGGGUUUUGCCUCUUUUUGUUUCCUUUGAUUACAUUGAACAUAACGUAUUAAAAACAAAAUUUAAUAUCUACAUCUGGAGUACAUCAUAGAAUGAAGUAAAUAAUGUAUAACACAUUGUCACUUGAUUAAAAUUUAAGCAGCUGUUUAUAGCUUGUGAAGCUUCAUUCAAUUUCGGUCUAAUCAUAUAAACCGCCAUUAAGUUAUUAGUUUUUAUUUUAAGAAUAAUAUUUCUAUUUAGUAAAUUUUUGUCAAUUUUUGCAAUAAUGAUGAUAAAUUUGUAAGUUUAAGACAAGGGUUUAAAAUCUAACUCAAACAAAGGUUGAUCUCUUGAAUAAAACAUCUUUUAUUGAUUUGUGAAUGUUAUAAAUAAUAAAUUGAGUUUAUGCCUUAACAUGCAUGUAUAAAUAGGCACAAACUUAUGCAGACAGUUUGAAUGUAAGCCAGGGAUAUUUCCUUAGCAUUUUCUGGAACAAUGCUGUAUAUUAAUAUCGCUGACUGUUCUUCUACAUUUGUAUUGUCAGUUCUGUCAGUUAUAUUGUACUGAUGGUGUUGACUGCAAAGAGUUUUAAAGAGAGUGCAAGUUGGUCUUUUUAGGGGAGGUGACAGUAGAGUACGUAGGAUAUUGAGAGGGGAGGGAGGUAGUUUGAAUGUUAGCCCCGGAGGAGGGGGGGUACCCCCAUAUAUUACCUAUACGGGUAUGUGCCACCCAAUGGGGUCGUGAUUUUGAAGCUCCUGAUUUAGCACGGGGUAUCCAUUUCAGAGGCGUUUUCUAGAACAGGGUAUAAAAAAUUGUGGAUCGCGGCUUUAUCUUCUGCUUAAAAUUGUUGCUGAUUAUGAAGAAGCAUUUAUUUGAUGUAUAAGUCGAACAAAUAAAGAAAUAUCUUUUUAAAAAAACAGGUCUAUUCCAAUUUACAAACUUUCUAGAACGGAGUUUAAAAAAUUGGCUCAUUUCUAGAAUGGGGUAUCAGUUUUAAGACGAAUUCUAGAACGUGGUAUCAAUUUUAGGGGAAAUUAUUUUUAGAACAGGGUGCCAAUUUGGAGUCCCGGGCGGCACAUACCCACCCCAAAAAUACCCAAGUGCCCCUUCCUCCCUGGAUGUUAGCCUGGGAUGUUUCCUUAGCAUCUAAUUAUUACAUAUAUUAUAUAAAAUUGAACUGUCAAUAAAACCUUGAUUGGGGCAUUUUGAUUCUCACUCUUUGUUCAUGCUGAGAACUGUUCCAUGCAGAGUGAGCAGUCCUUUGCGGCACUGAUCAGCUGCCAAGGGUGCAAGAUGCCUUUGCCAGUAAUACAGUGUAGAUCAAUAAUUAUUAUUCUUCAACACACAGUGAACGAAAACAGCUAGCCAAUGAAAUUAGCCUAAAAUUUUGUGAAAUCUGUUUUCUUUGAAUUAGCGGCCAUUACCCAUCCCUAAUACCAGUACCUUUUUACAUGGUAUGUAUUAAUGUAAUCUUUUCAUUAUUAUUAUUUUUCUAAGGUUUUUAAAGAUCUUGGUACUGAUGUCCUUAAGGCUGCAUUUGAGGGUUACAAUGCCUGCAUCUUUGCUUAUGGUCAAACCGGUUCAGGGAAAACCUACAGUAUGAUGGGUUCUACUGAUAACCAAGGUCUCAUUCCACGCAUCUGUGAAGGAUUGUUUUCCGGAAUGCGCAACAGUGCUGAUAAUGGCCCCUCAUACAGAACUGAAGUCAGCUUUCUAGAGAUAUAUAAUGAGCGUGUUAGGGAUCUUCUGAGACCGCCUGUAAAAGGACGCCCAGUUCACUCACUGCGAGUCCGAGAGCAUCCCAAGGAAGGUCCCUAUGUACAAGGUGAGACAAAUGGUAGCCAACCAGCUACUGUUUGGCUUGUGAAAAACCUAAACACAGAAUAGGAUUAAUAAAUUAAUUGAAACAACAUUCAAAUGGGUCUCAUAUUUUUCGCUUUAGUUGUAUUCUUCGCGGAAUAUUUGUGUAAGUUCAGUCUCUUGUGGCUGUUUGUGAGCAGAGUUCAGUAUAAUUGGUAUUGUGUAUACUGGUACAUGUUUUGGUUCAUGCUUUAAAUUUUAUUUUUACAUGUAUCAAUAUCUGUGUGAUAAUGAGUUUGAAACAAAUUACACCAACACAGGACAAAAUGACUUGUUUUCAUAUUUUAUAAACGUGACGGAAACAUAGAGUUCUGUUGCUUAUAUCCUUCAUGUUUUUGGCCUGUGGAAACAUGGUUAUCUAGUUUUCCAUGUAUGCCGUUGCGACACAUCUCUGCCAUGUUUCCGCACCGGAAACAAAUGAUCAUGUUUCCGUUAUAUUUCUGUAACUACAUGUACAUAAAUUUCCAUUCUUUCUUCCGUCUUCUCUUAAACAUCUUUGCAAAUAAUCAAGGUGUAUAUAUAUAAUGAUAAUGAUAAAUUUACUCCUGAGAUUGGUCUAUUCAACGGUUGUGUACAAGUUUGCAUGUACUUAAUCAGCCAUCAAAAUCUUAUCUCUUUCUUUUGUUUUUACACUGUUUGCUGUGGAUGUUUGGUGAUUAAUUGCAACAUUUUUUUCUUUUGAAGAUCUUACCCGACAUCUUGUUUGUGACUAUGCAGCAAUAGAACAUCUGAUGCAACAAGGAAACACACACAGGUAUUUUAUUGGGAAAUACCGUCUAAGCUAUCAAAUAGCUGAUCAGUCUGCAUUUUGCACCUCUAUAGAAAAGGAAUCCACAAAUGCUCCUUUAUAUACGUCCUGGGUGCUAAAAGAUUUUAGAAAAUAUAGAAUCUGUAGAAGUCAGGAAUGGGGGCAUUUCAUGAAAGUUUCCUUUCCAGGUCACAUUCUGAAGGUGACAAGUACAGUUUUACAUGUUUCUGUUUUACUCAUUAAGUUAAACUACAUGUUAGCUCCACAAAGUUGCAUCGGGCUCUAUUAUAAACACCAUGAUUAUAGUUUGCCAUACACACUCACAAAAUGUCACUUUAAUUUUAAAUUAUUAGUGUUCUUCAAAAUAUUUACAAUAUUUUUAUUCUUGUGUAUUGUGAGUGUAGAAUGGACUAAAUUUUUACAUGUCUCUAAAUAAUUAAUUUAUUAUAAACUUACUGUAGAUUUUAUUAUUUAAUUAAUUAUUUUAAUUUAUUUUUAAUAAAUUACUGUUACUAUAAAUGUUACUGUUAUUGAUUACAGGGUAACAGCCAGCACUGGUAUGAAUGACACCAGCAGUAGAUCACAUGCAAUAUUCACCAUCAACUUUACUCAGGUUUGUACAGUUAUAACAUCUUACUUUUAUUACAAUGAUUAUUGGUAAUAAUGACAUCGAAGAAAAGCCAAGCAGAGCCAGGCCAGUCCAGGAAGGUUAUUUCACUCAGCUCUACUUUUCACAUGAUAAAGAUUGAAUUUGGGAAGACAAUAGUAAAGAUGAUUAUUAAAUUAAGUUGAGAAUAAAAAUUGCAGGAUCUGAAGGGAGCAAGUUGGGGUCAUUCAAAAAGCAAAAGCUAUUCUAGUGGAUGACAACAAAAUAAUGCUAGAAAUUAUUGUAAUUAUUACACACAGAAUUAAAAAUUGCUUUUUUUCAAAAGUAUUUAAAAAUGAAAUAAAAUAAAAUUUAAUUUAAAAGAAUAUUUAAUCAAGGUAAUGUUCCUAGAGUUCUUUAAAUAAAUAGAGAGAGUUUUUGAAGUCAGUUUGUUAAAUCCGUUGGCAGGGAAUUCCAGAGGCAUGGACCAGUGAAUUCAGCUGUGGAAGCAUAUUAUUAAAUUUGUUACCUGUCGAUGCUUAAAACUGUACACAGUAGUUUAUGUUUAUCCCUUUUUUUUUGUACAGGCAAAAUUUGAUCAUGAUAUGCCUUGUGAAACAGUCAGCAAAAUAAACUUAGUGGAUUUGGCUGGAAGGUAUAUGGUAACUUUUUAACUGUUGCAUUAUAGAUUAAAGAAGCUUUAAGUGUAAAGUAUCUAGCCACAGACAGAUUGACUGAUUGAUUUUUUUAUUCAUUUUGCAGUGAAAGAGCUGAUGCCACCGGUGCCACGGGUGAAAGACUGAAGGAAGGUGCUAACAUUAACAAGUCUCUUGUCACCUUGGGAACUGUUAUUUCUGCACUAGGUAAGUGAAUUGACUGAAGGAAGGUCUUUGUACUGAGUAGUUAAGUGCUGACAAAGCUCAAAGUUAGGGCCCAUUGCACAUUUUUAUUACAUUCAUGGAGGGGUUACCUUUUGCCCAGUUACAUGUAUACAAAAUGUACUCUUACUAGUGACUAGUAUGAUAAUAUAUGCAUUAUUGACCAAGCAUGAAGUCAAGAUGGCUUGAUAUUGGCCAAGGUCUUUUUUGUGAGUUUUUGUUGGCCAAGAAAAAGUUCAGGUCAACAAAAAUGCAGAAAAAGAACUACACAGGGAAAAUAUUCUACCACCUUGCAUGAACAAGCUUAGUCAAUAAAGUAUUUAUUAAAAUUAUGUUCAAAAAUCUUUUUCGUGUGGUACAAAAAGUACAAUACCAAGAGGGCAAGAAAGGCCCAUCCUGUCCACUCAUCUAGCCAAUCUGAACACAGGAAUUGCUUUAUCUUUCUUGUUUGUCGAGUCAAACAGAAAAGACAGUUUUUUCCACUCUGAGUCUGUGCGUAAGUGUUGGAUGUUACAUUGGUCACACAAAGAUGGCAGAUUCCAACCUUAAAGACAGUGUAACUUAUUCCCCUCCAUCAGUUGUUAUUCAUCACAUGUAAACUCAACAAAAAGUUGCAAAUUGCUUUGAUUGUUAUACAAUUUAAGGAUCCACAAAUAAAAUUAUGUAAAAUGUAGCUGUUUAUGGGAGGACAAAGUAUCAUCAAUCAUGCAGCUCUUAAUCCUUGGUUGAAAUUUCAUUCCUCUGUAUAUUCUCUUCAGCUGAUGCCGCAACAGGCCACCACAGCUCUGCACAUCACCACAAGUUUAUCCCUUACAGAGACUCUGUGCUGACGUGGCUUCUAAAAGACAGUCUUGGAGGAAACUCAAAGACAAUCAUGAUUGCCAGUAAGCUGUCAUAAACACCUUGAAAAUCCUUCAAAGUCCUUGAGUUGACAAUAAUUGAAAUUCCAAGGCAUGAAUUGCAGUGUUAGGGUUUGUGGUGUGGAGGAGGUGAAGAUUGGCACAGGGAGGAGGGGUGGAACUCUAAGCUGUGUUCCAUUACAAACUAUACUCUAUUACUCAUUUCUAGAUCUAUUCUUGGUUUAGAUCUUAUUCUCACAAAGGCAUCUUAAUCUUUGGCCUCUCACAAAUUGUACUUCCUCCUAUCAGAAGAAUUUUCUGAUAGAAACACUCCCACCCCAUCCUCCCCAUAGAUUAAAGGCAUAUGAGUAAAAGAGCUUUCUGAUUAGUGCAUGGUUACCAUAUUAUAUAAUUUUACCUUUAAGCAUUAAGUCUUAUAGCAUCCUUGGAAUUUACCAUGUAUCCCUUUCAAUGAUAUUAAUUUAAUUUCUCUUUGUAUUGAUAAUUAAAAAUAGGAUGAGUUUUAAUAUUUUUUCUUGAUAAAACACAGAACUGACAUGUAGAGAAUGGAUUCUUCUCUUAGUUAUGAUUUCCAAAACAAACAGAGAGUAUUGGUUUUAAAGGGAUUUUACCCUAAGCAAAAAACUUUGAGACAUGUUUGGCAAAUUUUAAAAUAUUCCUUAUGCAAUAAACUUGCAAACAAAUUCAUUAGUGAUAUACUUCAUAUUCAUCUUCGUGAAAUAAUUUUAACUCUUAGACCAAUAUCUAAAAUAUACAUGUAGGUACUGUACUGAGCUUACACUAUUAAUAAAAUUGUUGCCUUCAUUAUCCUCCCAGCCAUCUCUCCAGCAGAUGUAAACUACGCAGAAACCCUCAGCACUCUACGUUAUGCCAACAGAGCAAAGAACAUAAUCAACAAACCAACUGUCAAUGAGGUGAUGCAUUAAUGUCAAUAGUAUACACUGUGUCUUAGACCAUAAUAUUGUUUAUUACUCUAGAUGAUGUUAUUAAUGAAGGUUUGUUAUUGAAAUUUCUACUAACAGCCUGCACUCUUAUUGGCUACUUUAAUUUUACAUGGCAUCUAACAAUGAAACUGUUUCCUGCCAAAAUCUCAGAACGGGCGACAUUGCAAAAAUCUAUGACAUCAGUGGGUAACAAUGCACUGUUUCACCUUGGGAAACAUUGAGAUUCUUGGGAAACUAAGUCAAUGAAUGAAUGCAAUUUUAAAACAAAUUAACUAAUGAAUAAACUAAUUUUAUCUUCAGAGACAUUCCGCAAAAGAAUACCACACUGGCGCUUAUAAUUUGUUAAUUGUUUUCAUUCAAAGCAGAAUGUUACUGUGAUGACUCUCUAAAAAUAUAAACAAAAAGAAACAUAGAUCACUACUUUUUGAAAGGCAUUAUGCUACGUUUCGGUUUAACAGAGGACAUGCUAUGCUAAUGUAAAAGAAAACUUCAUUACUGAAGUCAAUGUUGUUUCAUGACUUUGAGAUCGCCCUAUUAAAAACACAAAGUACAAUGUAUGAUUUACUCAAGAUAGAUUUUUAUUCUUCCUUUAAUAUAUGUAAAAUGAAAUUAUGACAAAAAAAAAUUCUCCGAACAUAAUGUCCAAACACCGGUAGGAUUUUGUCGGACAUUGGCAAAUUUUGGUUUGCCAAUGUCUGAUGUUAUUUGUACCCCUGGUAUUGUAUAUAUUUUUGAAUGAGAGAAGUGUAUUUUGCAAUGGUACAUUAUAUUUAUUAUUUCCCUCCUUUCUGAGUUGUGCUUUUUCCUUUUUAUUGCAGGACCCCAAUGUUAAGUUGAUCAGAGACCUGAGAGCUCAAAUAGAAACGUUAAAGAACAUGAUAAGUCCAGUAAGAACCACAAAUUAUAUGUUAUGUCCUAGGUAGAUUACUACACUGCAAGCUGAUAAGUUCGGACAGGCAAUGUAAUCGCUAAAUACAUUGUCUUUCAUAUCUGAAAGAUGGCAGUAGACUAGCAUCAUAGCCAGGGGGAAUAAGUGAAUAGAAAGAGAAACCCAGUGCACUUAAUUGUUUGUCGUAACUGGCCAGUCAGACCAGUCCAGUCAUAAAAAUAACUCCACUAUGUAAGUCAGGUUCCAUAAAGUAGUUUCUGGUAAUGGGUUUUGAGCAAAAACUUUUGAAAAAACCUAUUUUGUUUUCAUAAAUGAUCAGUCUGGCUGGCCCAUUUUGACUGGUUUUAGCCUUAUCCAUGUGGGUGUUCCUAGUCUCCUUCAGAGCUGCCAAGGCAGAAGUCACACAAUAGGGCCAUUUAUACGAGGAAAAAAAAAGACGCGGUGAACAGUACCAUUUAUACGAGCAUGUCUUAUCUAAUAAGACGUGUCUUAGCUAAGCCGCGUCUUAUUUUAGACUAAAUGUGCCGUUUAUACGGAAAGUUCAGGUCUUAUUUAAGACGCGUCUUAUUUUUCCUCGUAUAAAUGGCCCUAAUGUUCCAGCCCUGUGACUCCGACCCAAUCAGCUGCAAAGGAAGACUAGGGUCUUCUUGGCUCAAAGUGAAUGAGUAGUUUUGGCUUAUUAACUUAGUUUACAACCCAUGAAGAAAUUACUAGGUGUCUUUGGCUAUUUCGAGAGGUUGGCCUCCCAUGCCAUUCUUUCAAAUUUCUUUGACAAACAGUGCACUCAAAACCACCCACAAUACUUUUUGGGAUUGUCACACGCAAUUUUUCUGACAACCUUUCACGAAAUAGCUCUAUAUACAAGUGUACCAAAUUAAUGUAGCUAAUACUAGCAAAAUUCAUUACAAACCCUUCUAUAUAUGUAUUAAGAAGCAAGAUUGUAGAAAUUUUAACCACGCAAUUUGUCUCUAUAUAAUAUCACCAAAAAGAUGUACAUGUAGUUCAAAACAGUAAUAAGUACAUUACAUGAAACAAGUUGUUGUCAAUCAUUUACAUGUAGUGACUCUUCACUUCAUUGUUUUUCCCGUCAGGAAAUGUUAGGUGAAGCUGAAAUGGCAGCUGCUAAGAAGCUCUCUGAAAAUGAAGCUCGUGUGACAGAGCUAACUGAUCGCUGGAAGGAUAGAUGGAAAGAGACACAGAAAAUUUUAGAGGUUUGGACAAUCACAGGUUGUAUUAUCUUAAUAAUAGUAAUUGAUAAUAAAAGCAGUUAUUCAUAAACAUUUGAACAUAUACCAACAUAUAUAGCUGGUGGGGUUCAUUGUCAAUAUUUAAACUAAAAGUUUAUGUAACAAUUAAAAAACUAAGAAAAGGCCUGGUUUUAUGAGCGAACCUAAUACAUUGAAUUAAGUGAAAAAAAUUUCUGUUUAAGCCGUUCUUUUCGCCUAGCCCGGCGGAAUUUAAGAACUGGAUUGAUUUUGGAACGCCUUUGAUUCAGACCCUGAACUUUUCUUUGAAAUGCAAAACCUACUAAGAACUACACUGAAAAUAAAACUGUUGAUUGGAAAUGAAAGCAAACUAGCGAUCCAAAUGCAAGUUCAUUUAAAAUUACAAAAUUCGGCAGACAGUUUCUUAUUAUAGUAUUGAAUUUUUGUAGGAAAGGGAGAUGAAAUUGCAACAGGAAGGAGCAGGAAUCAAGAUGGAUUCUGUACUUCCCCACUUGGUGUUGGUCAGUGAUGACCUGCUAAGCACUGGGAUUGUGGUUUAUCAUCUCAAGGUAACAGUAUAUACAGUUGUAUGUCAAAGAUCAAAUUUUUCUUUCGUAUCAUUGAAAGAAAAAACAGUUCAAUCUUUGAUAUCCUUUUCCUCAGGCUCAUUAUCAUAAUCUGAGAUGAAGGAAAACAAAAAUUAAACUGGUUUAAAAAUGUGAGCCACAGUUUUACACAGGUUUUCAAAUACUUGUACUCUGUAUACAUUCAGAACUGUCACUAACGACUGGAUGCUGGGGAUUCCCUCAGAUGCUAUAUGUGCAUAAUCCCUGGUUACUUUUGUAAGAAACUAUCAAGGAAAAUAUAUUAGGACAAAUAGAACUUCCUAGCUGUUCAAUUCUCUGCCUGUUUGUAGUUUGCAUAUGAUGUGGUUCAAUUUUAUCCUUGGUUUAAAUUUUAUUUUCUUUUGUUUUUAGGUAUGUUGAUGUAUGAUAAUGAGUUUGAAACAAAAGAAAAUAAAAUUUAAACCGAGGAUAAAAUUGAACCACAACUCAUAUACCUGGCAAAUUGAAAUCUUAGUAAUGGCCCUUAUGUUCAUUUAAACACAGUUAAUUACCAUCACUUGUACUUGUGCAAGCAAGUUUUUCCAUUAUUGCAACAGUGUAAUAGAUCCAUUUCAGAUUUCAGAUUUCAGAUUUAAUUACUAGAUUUAAUUUGUUCUUAACUUUUCACAUAUCAUUUAACAGUCUACAUGAAAAAACAAAAGAACAAUAAAAUUUGUGAACUCUGCAUGACUGGCUUUUGAAUUAAUCUCUGCUAUGUAAAACAAUUGGCAUAGAUAUUUGCAAAUAUUUAUCCAAGGGAAAUUAAAAGGUGCAAAAGAAAUUUUUAUUCGUGUAUUUUUGUUGCAAGAAUUUAGAGCCAUGUCUGUAGUAAAUUGUUAAAAAUAACAAUACGCUUAAAAUUUUCACACUGCUUAAAAUAGUUUACCGUUUUUGUUUCACUGUCAUUAGUUUCUAUUUCCUGAAUAUUUCCUUGUCAUUAUCAUAGUGCAACCUUAAAUCUAUUUGUAUUGGAUUAUGAAUGUUCAUUGAAAAACACAGACAUAAUUUUUAUGAGUUCUCGUGGUUGUCAGUUAGUAAAUCUGGUCUUACACUUCCUAACUACACACCGUACCUUGAUGUUGAUGUAAAUUAUAAUAUGUCAAAAACAUACCUUCUGUAAGCUUCUUUGUCCUUAAUUUUCAUAUGAUCCCAUUACAAAAUUAAUUUUGUUUGGACUCACUAUAUGAACAAUUAUUAUUGGCUUGAAAAGUAAAAGGCCUUUUUAUAUCACUUGAAAACAGAAGAGUUUGUUUUUUGUGUGUACAAGCAAAGCUUUUUUGUUCCUAAACAAAGGGAAGAAUGUUGUGAUUGUUUUGUACAUUUAAUUAUGCAUACCUUUAUCCUCAUGUGCACAUUUUGUUAGUAAAUCCUUUUAAACAAAGCAAAGGCUUGCAAACCACUCUUGUAAUUAAAUAUGGUAUAUAUAAUCAGCUGAACCUUCAAGAAUUAUGAAUCAAAGUAAAUUUUGUGGUUGACUUUUUGAAAGGAAAGUCCAGCAUUAUGGAUGUUUUUGGGAAGUUGUUACAGUAAAUUUACAUGUCAAGCUUGAAUGGAUCUAAAUGAAUUUGAAGAAUUUAUCAGUCAUUACGUCAACUUCUUAGAGGUUGGCAUGAUAGUGAUUGUCUGUUAAUUUCAGCAUCACGCAGUGAGACAUUAUUCCGCAUAAAAAAACAAUCUGUGAUAUUAUUAGGAGUAAAGCUGACUAUUUUGCUUCUUUUGCAGGAGGGAAUCACUACUGUUGGGCUUGCUGAGAACCCGCAAAAACAGGACAUAGGUAAAUAAAUGUUGUUUUGACUUUAAUGGGUUUCUUAAUAUAUAUUGCGCCCAGUUGUUUGAACAAACAGUCACAUUUGAAAAUCAGAAAUUUUGCAUGCACAGCCAGCUAAGUACUCAUGAUUUAACAGCAUAUGGACUGUAAUUGUUGUUAUUUGUGAACAUUGUUUAGCAUGGAUUUGUUGCUUUGUGCAUUUGGUGACUUUGACACCACUUAUCGCACACGUUAUAUAUUGUUGAAUGUUGUUUCUUGUUUGAUUCCCUUGUUUUGUAAGAUCGGGAUGUAGCUAAAGGAAAGCUCUUACUCUGGUGACACAAAUAUUAAAAACAACAGAAAUUUCAUUACAAAUAAAGUGAUGUAGGAUCAAGAUUUUCAAGGAAAAUUGCAGCCGUGAAAGCAAAAUGAAACUACAUCAACAUGUACCUCAUCUUUGCUCUAUCCCUACAAGAUACUAGUGAGAUACUUGUGUUUGGUUUAGAAUUUCAUUGCCCACGGGUUUAAUCUGAUUUUUACUGUAAUGAAAUCCCCCUAUAAACCACACACUUGCACACAAAACAGUUAAUCACAUUUAAUGUUAUUUACAGACAAAGUUAAAAUUACUACAACCAUGAAUGCUCAAUGGAUAAUCAAUUUUAAUUGGCAUUAAGAUAUAUGUAUUGUACCUGUUUAUUUUUAACAGUUAUUACUGUAGCUGUUUGCAGCUAUUUUAAGAUUCUUUUGACUUCUCUAUUUUAAGGCAUUGGGAUACAAUAUACAAUUCUCAUUAAUUUGUUGUUUUUUUCUUACAAGGAACAAGCAUUUGUACAUCUGACUUAAAGAGAAUACAAGUCUUGUAACUUGUUGUAAUUUAAUAUACAGUUUUACUGACCAAAUAACUUGGUGAAAUAACAAUCAUAUUUUUGUAAGAUGUAACUUGAUUUGUUGCCACCCUGUAGUGAUCAGUGGACCAGAUACAGAGCAGGAGCACUGCAUAUUUGAACACAACAAAGGACAUGUUAUAUUAAACCCUCUGAAGUCUCAAUGUUCUGUGAAUGGAAACUCGAUUUUAAAACCAACCAGACUGUUUCAAGGUACACGUACUAUAACCCUUCAAUAAUAGUGAUCUUUAGAUUAAACUAUAUAUUAGUAUGAGAUCUAGUCUGUAUACCCUUCUGUAGUUUUGAGUAAGUUUAUUCCUUAGAACCCCCUAUCUCUCUUGUGUAGCCCUCUUGGGGGGGUUACGUAUGUCCCUGGUGCGAAUUUCAAAACCUGUCGCUUUAUGUAUUGAGGAGGGAGCCGUGUCGCUGUCGGUAUUUUACCAUUGUAUUUUCGGUUUUCUCUGUCGUUAUCGCAGUUUCAACCUAUAUUUAAGUUGUUUCUCGCCAUUUACACUGUCCUAUGUUGCUGUUUCAAGGCCAUGUUAGUUGUCGGAAUUUACCCCAACAGGGUCCCUCUUGUUGCCUACCAGCACAUAAAGAGACCUUAUAAGGGAAAGGUUGUUAUCAGGUACCAAAUGAAAUACAUGAGUGGGAGAUCUGCAUGUAUGAGUGUUUACAACAUUUGAUGAUCCGAAGAUGAGCCACUGUAAACACCCAUACACAUGUAGAUCAGAUGUGAAUAUUUUAACGUAAAAUGAAUCAAUCAGUGGGGAUCUGUAUGAAAAUCAUUUAAUACAAAUUAGAUUAGAAGGAGUUUGUAUCUGUUGCGGUUAAUUUUUUAUCUCAGGUAAUUUUUUAUUUUUAUUUUGUUUCAACUUCAUCAACAUAUGUUGUCAUACCCAAAAAACAAAAGAAAAACAAAAAUUACCUGAGAUAAAAAUUCAACUACAACAUAUACAAAGUUAAUUCUGCUGUUAAUCACUAUUAAUCCGUGCAGUUGAUUUUCAUUACUUUAAUGAAUAAUUAAUCAGUUUGACAAGAUGAUAUAUUGUCUAUCUAAAGCACAUGAAUCUCAAAUCUCAAAUCUUUAUUUUAACACGGUAAAAAUUCAUCAGGUUUUUUGUUACAUAUGAAGUAUAAACUACAUAACAAUAUUUAAUAAUAAUAAAUACAUAUCCAAAGAGUCCAAUGAACUGGAUUUAAUAAUAUGCACUGUUACUCAGUCUCAUAAUUGAGUCAAUUCUGAAGCAGCCAACGUUUCACUACCCAAAUUUGGACAGUGCUUCUGAUUGGUUGUGCCGCUAGAGAAAUUUGCUUCAACCAAUCAGAAACAUUACCCAGAUCGAGGUAGUGACACGUCAUCAGUAUGGAAUUUCUGUAGCCGUUCCUCAGACGUCAUUAAGGAGCUUAAGCAACUACGACGACGACAACUUCCAAAAAUACUAAAUUUAAUGAUCAACAGAAGCUCUGCACGUGCGUCACGCUUUUUAGUAUAUUUCUUUGACGCCCAGUGCAUGACUACGACGUGAAACCUCCAAAUUUGACGUUUUAUGAAGGACGUGGACAUACGACGACGAAUUUUCCUUCCUCUUUUUGAGCUUGAAUAAAAUCGUUAAGAAUUCAACUCCAGGAAAAGUCGCCUGUAUUUGACAUAUUGAGCGGGUCCAAAUAGACGCGAUUAAGUUUGAAAGAUUUUUUUUUUAGCGACGUUUUCACUACCGUCGUCGUCGUCGUUGCAUAAGGUCCGUAUUUCGCGGGGGAAACCAGUGGCGGCGUCCCUAAACGUCGGUUGUUUCCUCAGGGUACUGUAUAUGAGGUAUAUUCAAGGACGCGAUCCAGACGCAUACUUUCCAUGAGCCUAUUAAAUAUGUCAAUCAAGAAUGGCGAUAAUUUUUAAACUGGAAUAUCUCUGUUAUUCUUCUUGCUCGACUUGGCCAUUGACAUCAUUAUCAUCAUCGUUUUUGAUUAUUUUUAUCUGUAUUUUCAGGCGACGUAAUUGUCUUGGGAAAUUCAAAUGUUUUUCGCUUCAAUCACCCCAGAGAAGCAGCUGAGUUACGAGAGAAGAGAAAGGUACACAAGAACCUUAGUUAGUAAUUUAAACCGUGGACAAAUGCUACCCCUCGGGAGUAUCAAGAGCCUUUUUUCGGGCACCUCCUAAGAUGGGCUAUAGGCCUGUUUAGCUUAUGUUUUGUUUUCCCAAUGGAUGUCUUAUAAUAAUACUCUAGAGAACUGUUUCUUUCAGAUUUUGCCUUAUUCACGUGCAUAUGUACGGAUAAUUUAUGAGAAGAAAAGGGGCAAUUUCCCCUGAGACCUUCACUGAGAAAACAAAACUUGUAAGCUAAAGAGGUCUAUUGGUCAUUUUGAGAUGCAUGGGACUGGAUUGUUGACCUUGUGUUGAAUUGGACGAUGGGACUAGUUUGAUGGUCUCAGGGCUGUGGUAGCUUUGGUGAUUGACGGUUAUUGUUUUUCCAAUGUUGACGGUUAAAUUUUAGAGCUUUUGACGGUCGACGGUUAUAAAGUGGAAAUUUAGUCCAACAGUUUCAGAAAAUAUUUAUUUCUGUAUUAAUUAAUUAACUGUUGUGUUUUGGAGGUAUUCUUGGCCUUUUACGUAUGAAAUUUCGAACAUCUUUAAAUUUAAGCAAGUUGUAAGGUCUUGUACUGUCUAGAAAGAGUGUUUUGAGAACGUGGAGAAGUUUAGAGAUUCUUCAGGAGCCAGAAGCCCGUGAAGAUCAGCUGAAGUGAGAUUUGAAAUACCUUGAAACUUUGUGAAGGUUAAUAUUAAUUUGUAUUUGUGGCAGUAAAAAAUAACCUUUUUCGACGGCUGACGGUUACCUUUGAGGCCGUUUGACGACUGACGGUUAACCCCAUUGAGAACUUCUAUUUGGGGGGACGAAUUCUGAUCCAGUUUGCCGUGCAACAUCGUAGUGAAGCGACGUAAGAAACGACGUGGUCUUCAAAAUACUCCCAUCAUGCAGUUCGACGCAACACGGAUCCAAUCCCCUGCGCAACUUCGAAGUGAAAAAAAUUAGAGACCUUCAGGUUCUAACGAGAUCGACUACUAAGUUCUAACUAGUGCGCGCGAGCGUGAAUCAGCGUCAUUUUGGCGGGAAAACGUGAUAGUUGUCGUCAUUCUACCUCGAGUUUUGGCGAGAAUGUCGUAGUGGCAGAAACAAGUUAUCAAGUGUUACAAGUUUUAUUAUUCUGCGAUUGGGAGAGGGCGUAACCUCCUUCCAUCAAGGUAACAGUUCUAACUUUUCUGGUGAAUCAAUAGUAAAAUAAAGCUAUCCGGGUAGUCUAUUUUUUGAGAACACACGAAAAACCUUUCAGUCAAAUCUCGCACUCGAGUCGUUCUCGAAUCUAAAGGUCUCUACUAUUGCUGGUCGCGGAAAUUUUAAACAAUUUGUGACAUUUUCUUGGUUGGUUAAAAAAUAGCAGUGAAGUUGUUUAUUGUUGUCCAGUAAGGAAUAUCUAAAUAUUCCAUGAUAACCGAAUCUAUUGCCAGAUGCUAGCAAUUCUAUCCAUUUUUUCAGUGUUCCCGCACGCUUUGAGCAAAGCUACUAAUGGCGUUAUUUACCUUGUGUAACAUUUUAAGGGGGCUUGAUGCCUUGUAAUCUUUUUCAAGUGCAGUAGUCUUUCAUUUACUAAUUCUUUAUUAUCUUUGCUUUGCAUCAUACUUGCUGUCGUGUUUUGACUGUUCACACCCGGCCUUUCUUUCCAGGAAGAGCGCGGGGUAAGUUUUCGUUAAAUCCCGACGCAAUUAAUUGAGAGUGAUUCUAUUAACCCGUUAACCUUACAGUUACUCCCCAAGGAAGUCCAGCAUUAAAGUGCAAUGAAACUUUCAAUUUUUCUUUUCUGUUUAGUAUGCACACUUGCGACGUGGCAAAUUAAACGUUCGCUUCCAGCAGUAUGCAACAUUUGUCUUGAUUCUCUCGAGGUCUUCAGUCGUUUCGCUAGAUACAAAAGUCAUUUCGCUGCAAGUAGUUUUGAUAUAGCGUGUAUCAGAUAACUUUAAAACCAAUCUAAAAGUAAUUUAUUCUUGCCUUCGUGCUAAGAGUAAGUUGAGCUGGAAUAAUAUCGUAUGGAUAUAGUUUAAAAUGUAGUAAAUCGACUACACUACAAUAGCUUGCAAUGUAGCUCAAAAACCGGAAAAUUAUGGGUUUGAAACCUGUUGGAAUCGCAUGGUUUUUCUUUGCACUACACUUGAUGAUGAACAUUACAUCUUUGUAAUAGAGUGUUUUGUGUAAAUAAUACCAUUGGUCUUUCAUUUUGUUUAACUGAUUUUCUUCAAUUAGCUUAAAAUCCUCAAAAUCUCAAGGUUUGGAUUGGUCGGGGCAUGACCCAUUAAUUUUCUUUCAAGUGGCUGGGUUUUAUUGUUUUUGUAUAAGUGCUUUAUAUUUUAGGACUCUGGUGCUGUUAACAUGUUCGGUGAUGUAGUUGAGGUAAAAUGUACCCGACUUUUAUACUUGGAUUGAUAAUUUGUUGUUCUCUGACUGCCUACAGAAUUCAUUCGGCGGCGGUGGUGCUUCACUUGCUUGGUCUACCAAGUUCCGCAGUGAAACAGACCUGGUUUUCAGAAAAGGAUCUGGGGCUGAGUGAGUAUUACUGAACAACUGCAGUGUUUUGGUUUAUGGACCGGAAUUAUUUAAUUAAUUAUUUACUGGAAUUAUUUACUCAGAAAACCGCGAGGGGCAGAGGAAAGGUCUCCUUCCUCGGCCGUUUUUAGUGUCGUCACGCAACGCUCCUCGCCAUCCCAAGGAGGAGAGAUUGCUCGCAGGCUACAACUGUGGUGUUUUGGUUUAUGGACCUGAAUUAUUUACUGUCAAACUCAGAAAACCGUGAACACCUGAAAAAUUUCAGGAAUGUUGAUUGUGUACUGGCCAAUCAAAAUAAUGUUCAGGAUACGCAAGCAAACCUCAAAACCACAAACUAAAUACCGUUGUUGUUUGCGGUUUAGUUAUAUCGCGCCUUAUUGGCUUAUUUCUCGCAACACAAUAACAUUCCAUAAAUAUUUCUGGUGUUCACGGUUUUGUGAGUUUCACAGUAAGUGCUGUUGCUAGAAGCUAGGAACAAGCUGACUUGUUGUUCAAAGUCGGCAAAGUCGGAAGAGUCCCAGUAGAGAGCCAUCCAUUUCUUUCAUAACAGAGGUGAUUCAAAAAGUUCAUAUCAGAAGUUAUCAAUGAAUAUGACUAAAAGUUUUGUGUCUCAUUAGUUUCUCAGAUUUCUGGGUCUAUGUUCCUGGAAUAACAGGAUCAGCCCAUCAAAAGUACAAAGCAGUUAAUUGCAGUACAACUCCAGUUUUCUCCUCGUGGGCCGGUUGGUUGUUAGCGUGAAAAAGCUAGACUGGACACUAGAAAUUCCCAGCCUAUUACUUUUUCAAUAAAAAUUCUCGACGAAAUUUUAGACUUUUCUAGAAGAAACCCUCGUAUUUCUAGACCAUGCCUCAGAAACGGGCCACACACACCAAUGUAUCUCAUGUAUGAGAGUUCCUAGGGAGCUUUGUUACAAAUCUCAAUCUUUUAAUUCUUACAAAGUUUCCAACCUUUCUAUUCUGAGUAAAUGACGGUAACUUCUUUUUCUGCUUUAUUGUCUAACAAAUUUAGAAUCAAGUAAAUACUGACUAUUAACUAAGUAAGUAAACCAGUAGUCAUUCUGUGCCGAUUUUGUUGUUGCAGAUUUCUACAUUCUGGAUUGUGGUCAAAACUGUUAGUUAACACCAAAAAUAAUUCUCUGACACUUAAAGUGUACCUACUAACACACUGCACUGCACCUUUGUAGUAUCAAAUCAUUUUUUACGUUUCUUGGAAGCUGCCCACCUACCCCUCCCCUAAGCCAACAUUUUGCCCUGAGUGAGAAGUAGGUGUUAAUGGUGGCUUAAGGGAGGGGUAGGUGGGCAGUUUCCCAGAAACGUGUAGUGCCGUAGUAUCUUGGUUUUGGGGGCGGGAACAAUCACCAGAUGACAUAAUAGAAAGGAAUGAAGAGACACUGAUAAUAUCCACACCUCGACAUAAAGUUGAACCAACAAUAGUUUUCGCAACAUCGAGAACCAUCCGCCUAUUUCUUGAGAUAAUUCAUAUCUUUUGUAGAAUUUGUGUGGUCUUAAGUUUUUUUGGACCUUGACUUGAUUGACCGUGAUUGACACUUACUGAGAGUUGGGAGUGACUACUUAUUACCAAUUCAUUGUAGAACAGAUUUCAGUUGCGAGUUGCAAUGUUAGUGCGAGAUUGUUUGCUUUGGUUUUGUAUCGGUAUGAGGUUUGAUUGACAUAAAAGUUUUGCGCCGUUUCCUCGACCAUUCAGAAGCUAGUUGUUCAAAAGGUGGAAAAGUGGAAAUUAACGUGCACGAGAAAGGGGAACGCGUCUUUAACACGUACGCAGGUGGUUACUAAGCUUUUAAGUGCUUAGGAAACUUCACAAGUGCUUCCAUAGCUUUAGUGUACAGCUGCAGCGUUUGUCAUUCGUCGAAUUUUGAUUUUUUUUUUGGGACGUACGCUAUGGCGGGUACAAAGUCGUGCUUGGAAAAUUUCAUUUCAUUAAAUCAGUCGUUUUGCUUCUCAACGUGGAUUGUAUUAAAAACCUCUAAAUUGUUAUCCUGAGUGACGUUUGUAUCAGUUUCCUUUGAUAUCAGCGUAAACCUUGGGAAGCUUCGUCGUGAGACACGAAGUAUAGUCACGUUUCAACUGACACGUUUUAGAGUGAUCUAGCAACAAAACGGGAACGUCAGUUGACGACGGAAAAGCGCACGGAAAGGACUGAACGCGACUUCCGGUGUACAAUUUGCCGCCAUAGGUCAAACUGGGCGGAUUUGCGCGCGCAGUCGUAAUUUAAGCGCGCGCUAGCUUUUCCAUUGUAUACCCACUUAGGAAAUAGCAAAUGGGUAAUUGACCAAUCAGAGCGUGCGUUUUCGUGGCCGUUAUGAUUCGCCAUAGUAAUUUACAUUUUGCAGUCAUUCCGCACUUACAACGACAGAAGUGUUUUCAUGUCUGCUGCGUUUGUAACAGUACAUGUAUUGCUAGUCAGAAUAAGGGACAGGGAUUUUUUAUUGAAAGUUCAAGGCGCACUCAAAAGGUGAAUUGUAGUGAAAAGAUUGUCUUGUAGAACCACUAGAUAAGAACUUAUCAUUAGAUUCUUAUCACUAUACUUAUUCUCAUAAACACUUUGUUCGCUUUUGCUCCACAGUGAAGAGUCGUUAAGCCGGCAACUUGAGGAAGCAAGGUAUGGUAUUCUGUUUGGUAGAUUAACUGUCGCUCCUAACUGUAAUCAGUCACAAAUUUCCUUACAUCAAUACGUGUUAUAGAAGGGCCAUCAGUAGUGGCACAUUUUUGUUGGGGCUUAUUACUAGAAGGGUUCAUUUUCAGUCAUCAUGGUGGGACACCUUUACACCACUGAUUUAACCCUUUCCGUCCUAGUCCAUGCAAUGACGAAAUAGUUUGUCAUUUGGUUGUUCACCAUUUUCAAAACUUUUCUGGAAAAUCCGGUUGGAAAGUAAAUAAAGCACGACUUUUUGGAUCGUUUCGGUGGAAAAUUUCCGGGAGUAACGAAACGUCUGAAAAGGUAGUCCUGUUUUUCCGGUCGGAAUGUCCCAAACGGAAAUUCGUGUUCGAUUUCUUCAAAGCCAUCUUUGAUCAGUACCAGUUUCAGCCUUUUGCGGCAGUUUUUCGGUAAUUGUAACUGAUUAGUGCACAUGGUAAACGCGAUUUCGGGACGAAAUUUACCAGUCUUGAAUUUUGCUCACCCGCUUGUCAUUUGCCUAAACCAUGAACCGACCGGUUUGCCCUUGUAAAUGGUAAACAACUUCUAACGUUUAAAUCUGUAGAAGAAAUCCCAUGAUGUUGCCAUUCAAAUGAAACCUCUUGAGAGGUACUAUCACAUGGUACUAUUUAUUUAGGAUGUAGUUCUAACUUUUGAGUCUGUGGAUGGAAUCCUAUGAUGUUACCAUUCAAAUGAAACCUCUUUUGUAGAACGUUUGCACUGUACUAUUAAGAUUUGACAGAAAGAAACUUGAAUGGAUUUUUUGUGAAUUUGUUUUCCUUUGGUCUGUAGUAUAGGUUUGAAAUGGUUAAGUCACCACGUAAAUCUGAUGCACAACCUGUGGAGAAUUCAGACCUCUUAUUCGAUGUUACGUCAAUCUAGACGGCAAGACGGUACCAUAGCAAAUAGGGGUAUCAGGACGAGUACUAACUCGUUUUUGUUUUUUUAGAAAUGAAUUAGAGAAGCAGAAACAACUUGAGGCUUUGAGAAUCGAGGAGGCAAAGUAAGUCUUUCGAUCGUUUAGUACUGUGUUUGACUGUGUCGAAUUAAUUUCUGUUUUCCGCUGUCGGUUUAGAUCUGUUAUCUUUCAGUUUUCAAGGAAACUGGUGCCACCUACUUCACUACUGUCGAUUUGUUAGCGCGCAGGCAUUCUUGUGGUUUCAUCGGAGCAUUUAACCUUUUAGUACCAAAAGUGUCCAGCAUCAAUUUUGCCCAAAAAAUUUCGGUACAUAAUCAAUAGAAAUAAAUAUGAGAUUUUUGAAAAUCAUUGCUGCUAGCAAAUUCUCUCAACCAAUUAUUCAGGGAAAUGUAUGGAGAUUUGUUUGUGGAUAUUUUUCAGCUUUUGAAUAUACGUUUUGUUUGGCCAGGGUAAUUAAUUUUCAGUGGUUUGGGCUUGAUAAUGGUGAGUUUCAAUUCGCACCGUGAAGUCUGAGGAGGAUUCUGUCGGCCAAUGUUUAAGAGUGUUUUUUUGUGUGUUUGUUUCUCUUUCAGAGCGGAUUUUGCAUCACAGAUACAAGAAGAAUCCAAACGACUCAAUGAAACAAGGUAAGAAAUUGUGAUGUUGCGCUGCAGCCGAGGAUAUCUCAGAGUAAACGCAAAAGAAAAUGAAGUUCGUCGUGUAAAAGAUUGUUAACGUGUCUUAAUUUGAAUCUUUCAUGGUAGAUCAUCAUGUUCCUUAGAUCGGGUUUUUUUUUAUUCCUUUGUUGUAUAAUCACUUAUUUUUAUCUAUCAUUACUCAUACAAGAAAUUUUCCCGUAAAGCCAAGAGGAAGAAUUUAAAAUGAAUUUUAGUAGGGAAAGUUGAUAAACACAAUGAAUCAUUGUAAAUAUUUCUAGUUUCAAUACAUUAACGAAAGCCUUGAUCUGAAGACAAAGUUCUCUGUCCUAAUACUUCAGGAGUUUUCUUAUAUGAAAACAUCAUGAUUUAACUUUCUAAUAGAGCACUAAAACAACUCCUUCAACGGAUUUCAAUAUUACCGUGAAAAGGGGAGAAAAAAAAUCAACAGAAAUUUGAAAGCAUCAACUGAGUGUAAACAAAGUUUCAACAGAAUGAUUAUUAUUUUUGAUUUUAGUAUCACCUGUCGUGAAAUCAACCUGGGUGAACUGUAGUCCACUUUUCCUCUGUAAUAUUGCGCGUUAUGUCUUUUCCGUUGUUAAAGUAGUAUAGAGUUUUUUUUUACAGUAGAUAAAUGUCGAGAAAAAAGACAAGACACAGUUAUCAUCAUCAUGUCACGGGGUGUAGAAAAAGUCCCUGGCAGAAUUCGAAUCUAUGGCCUCAAAAUAUGAGGCUUGUUACAUAACUUCUCUUGAAAUUUGAAUUAGGAACUACCGGAACUACCGCCAAAAAAUCUAUUUUCUUGCACAAUUGCAUUUGCCGAUGGUAACCCAGCUGAAAUUUUUCUUGGGAGCACAAGACAAAAUUGGAAAAUGUGAAGAGGCUGUUAGUAGCACCUUUGAUAAUAUUUGUGAAUGUAACCGGCAAUUUAAGCAAUUGAAAUUUUAAGUUUGGUCUUGAAUACCUUAACCAUUGGACUGUGCUAUUUGUAUUUUCAGAGCUGAACUUGAACGCCAGAGAAGGCUGCAUGCUAUGGAAGUACAGAGUGUCGAAGAAGCAAGGUUUGUUGAUGCCCAGUGUUUUUAUUACAAGAAAGUAAAAUUUCAAACCCCAAUAUUUAUCUUUCAUACCUCGGUCUAAGAGCUUUUUUGAAUACGUUUUAUCCUUGGUGAUGUACGCAUUCAUCAUCACAAGGAAAAAGAGAAAAAAAAAUGAGCCAAAGAUAAAAUCGAACAAAAACCACAGCCACAAUGCUCUACCAAUAGGGGAUUGAAAAACUGAACAUUUGGUCUUAAUAAAAUAUCUACCCCGUUUUCGGCUAGUAACGUUACUCGACCUUACGAAACUGGCAACGGGAAGAUGAAAAGCCUCGGCGAAACGUCGAACUUUUCCUGAGACAAACCAAACUUAGUGAGUUAAGUUCAUGGAAAGUUCGACGUCUGGCUCAGUUCAUCUGAAUGAGUGUGGAUCGUCGAACACGUUCUGUUCGUCUACUUUUGACAAAUCGAACGUCUGAAGAUCGUCUCUGGGACAAACGUCUACCUUCAGAUGCGACGAACUAAACUAAUAAAUUAAAUGUUUUUUUAUGAUAAUGUAUUAUUUAGCCUCAUUCGGGAGAAAAUUUAUUAAAAUUGCUGUUUGGUCUGAUUCAGUUGAUCGGUUCGACGCGUUCUAUACUAAGUUCGACGGAUCUGACCCAGCAGACGAUCUUAACUUAAUCUAGCCGGUCAGCCCAAAUUACAGUUUGGUUCGUCUCAUGAAAAGUUCAACGUUUGGCCUAGGCUUAAGAGUGAUGAAAUUUGAAACAGCGCGAAUUCACUUUUAAAGUGACGUUGUCGCUGCCUCUGCUGUUGUCGUCGUUGCUACCUAAGCUCCCUACUAACGGCUCGAUUGACGACUCUCACGGGACUUUGCGACUCGAGCAGACGGCUGAAAUUCAGGCUAACUUUAUAACGAACAAUCUGGAGUCAAUUUAUAGGGAACCUCCACUUCAACAAAAAGAUAACUUUAAAUCACAGGAAAUAACUGUUACAGUCAAGUCAAUCUAAAAUAUUUUUAAAGAAAGCGUUUGUAUCCGAAAGAAAUAACUUUUAGAUUCGCCUAUUUUUGUUUUCAAAUUUUGCGGGCGUCGCCAUCUUGAAUAAUUGUGACGUGUAAUGGUUGCCCUAUUGUUAUUAAACAAAAGCUCUUUGUGUCAGAACAAUAGAGCAACCGUAACACGUCACAAUUUUUCAAGAUGGCGGCGCCCGAAAAAAUUUGAAAGUGAAAAUAAGCGAUUUUAAAAUUCACUUUUCCUGAUAUUAAGACUUUUUUUAAGACAAAUUUCGAACAAAUUUGUUUAUCAACAUAAUUUUAUUCGAUUUAAACUUAUUCUGUAGUAAGAGUGGAGGUUCCCUUUAAUAACACUUGCACGGUAAGUGUAAUUUACAAGUCAAGCAAUUGUUUUAGAGUCUGAAAACACUAACUACACUUGUGAAAGUUUUAUUAAAUUGACCCUUGAUAUAACAAAGAUAUUUUUCCCGGUCCCCUGGUAUUUAAAGUUCUUUAUAGCGGCGUACAGCUGACAAGAUUCUUUUUUCUUUGAAAGGAAAAAAGUGGAAGAAUUAAACGACAAACACAAACAAGCCGAACUCGAAAGAACUGCAACUGAAGCUGAACUUACUAAAGAAAUUGAAACUCGUGAAAAAGAAUUAAAAUCCCAGAGAGAACAAGUUGAUAAACUUCGAGAUGAUAUCGAGAAAAUGAAUCGAAAAGCGGACCAAGAGUUGUCGGAUUUGAAGAAAGAAAUUCGAAAACAGAAAGAGGAAGAAUUAUUGCGUUUGAAUGAAAACAUGAAAAACAUUAUGGAUUUGGAAGAAGAGCGAGAUAAAACGAAGUUGCAGGCUAUGAAAGAACGCGAGGAAUUGAAAGAGAAAUGGAAAACAGAAUCCGAAAAAGUGAAAGUUCAACGAGAUGAAUUGAAGGAAAAACAACGUGAGUAUGAAAAGAAUUUCAACGCUCUUGAAGAAUCUCGGCGGGAGGCCAUGUUGGAAAUUGAAGAAUUUGAACUCGAGAAAUCUCUAGUUUUGGAAGGAAUUCGAGUUAAAGAACGCCAACUAGAGGAAUUGAAAGCCGAAAGAGAAGCGGCUUUAAAUAUCGCGAAUAAUGAUAUCAGUAAACGACGCGAAUUGCUGGAACUCGAAUUUUUAGAAGAAAAACAAGUUUUAAAGGAAGAAAGAGCUUAUCUUGAAGAUCGGAUCCAUGGCUGCGAAGCUCUUAUGGACAUUGCCGCUGACAAUUUAGCAGAAAAGCAAAACACGCUUGAGAUUAGGACAAAAGAGGAACACGUAAAAGUUGAAGAAGCAAAGCAAAAGCUAAGAGAGAUGGAAGAACAGUUGGGCUUAAGAAUCGAAACAGCGGAGAAUGAGAUUGCCCGGAAGAAGUCAGAUUACCAGGAAAAGGCAAACAAGCAGAGGGAAGAAAUCCAGAAAUCAAAAGACUUUUUGCAGACGAGAGUAAAAGAAUUGAAUGAGCUUACGCAAAGACUUGGAGGUUGUGCGGGAGAGCAAAAACUACAGCUUGAAAAAGAAAUCGAGAAAAUGACAGAAAAAGUUAACUUAGAGAAAACUAGACUUGGGUCUCUAGAGGAGGAAGAACAGACAACAGCAGAGAAUUUUGAGAGAGAAAUGGAGGAAGAUAUGAAACUUUUAAAGGAGAGAAAACAUAAACAAAGAGAGGCAAUUGAAUUAGAAAGGUUAAAUCUUGACGGGCUUGAAGAUUUUAAGCGACAAAAACUGGAAACCGAGGAACAGGAGUUUAAAGAUGCCCAAGAGCAAUAUAAUCUAGCUAAAAUGCUUCUGAUCGAAUCAAAGAGGAACUUGACAGAUCUUGAACAAAGACAGAACAGAUUUUCCACAAAGGUUGAGGACGGACUGCUACGGUUGUCUAAAGUUUUAGAAGGAGAGCUCGUGUCUCAAGGAAAACAGGAUGACAUGUAUCAGUUAAGAGAACAUAAACUUUCCUUAAAAGAAAUCGACGUGGAAGGCAAGAUAAAAUUAACAGCACAACAAGAAAAGCUAUCCGCGGAAACUGAAAAGCUGUUGACUUUGAGGAAAAAUCUAAAUUUCAUGCUCGAAGACACGGAAAAGGCGCAAGAGAAAGCCGAGGCUGACCUUUUUGAGUUACAACAUCGGUUUGUUCGUGACAGAGAAGAGGAGAGGACGACUAGAGAAGCUAUGGAAGAGAGUCUGAGAGACAUAGAAGAAGAAGCGACUCUUUCACGAAGUCUAACCGAAAGGGAGAUCGGAUCACCGACGACUGUGAGCUUGUUAUUAGCUCACGAAAAACAAAGGUGAGUAGUAACUUUUACCGUAGAGGGGCUUGCGGGGGAGCUAGGUCAGCUAGUAGAGUAAAUCCCCGGAUGGACCAAUACCCAGGGUCUCAGUGAUGAAAUUACUGAUAAAGAAGGUACUGUUUUGUCACUGUGUGUAACCGAGCGGUUAACACCUCGAACUCCGGAUCUGUAAGUACGGGGUUCAAGCCUCGCCCGUCGCGUUGUUUCCUCGGAAAAGGAACUUUACUCCACUUUGUCUCUCUUCACUUAGGUGUAUAAAUGGGUACCGGCGACAUACUGCUGGGGGUAACCCUGCGAUGGACUAGCAUCCCGUCCAGGGGGGAGUAGCAAUACUCCCAGGCAUGUUUCAUGCUAAGGAAACCGGGAAAAGCUCCGGCCGUUUGGGCCUUUGGCUCGUGUGCACCUUAACAUUUACUUUAGCCUCUUAUCUCUUGACAGGAUCAAAGCGGAAAUGGAAGUGAAGUUAAAAGAGCUUGAAGAACAUAAGAAUCGCGAGGUUGAAGAGAUGAGACUCGAAAAACAAGACAUCUUGACCAAACUCGAUGUGGAGAAACGUGACCUGGAACGACAAAAAGAAGAACUGGAGGCGACAAUUCACAGGGAAAAGAUAGAGCUUGAUAAGGAACGAGAGGUUUUGGAAAGAGAAAAACUGGACGAGAUUGAAGGAAUUAUACGGGAAAAGGAAAAUGAGAUUGAAGAAUUGAAAGAGAAAGCGCAGCAUGAAAUCGACGAAUUGCGAGAUCGGCUGGAUGAAACAGAAAGGUCAGUAGAGUUUGUUGAAAUGUAUUACUUUUCUAAGUUUGCUACCUUACAUUACAAUCAUGCGUUUCUUUUAUUAAACCACGUUAGCGUUAUAUCCCUUGCAAUGCGCGCACUACAUUAUCUCACCUUGGGCCGGUUGUUCGAAAGACGGGCUACCCUAACCCUAAAAUGUCUAUCACUCGUCUGAACUGUGUCCAUAUCUUCUCUGUUGUUUUAAGUCAGAAAACAACAAGUCAGGUAUUUUGGUUUAGACAUACUUCUAUUAUCUUUUAACCUGAGGUUAGUUAUUUAACCUACCUAGCUAGCAGGGUUAAAUUUAACUCGAGGUUUGAACACUAAAACACAACAAACCUGUGAUUAAAAUUUAUCCUCAGGUUAAACCAAUUUAACCCGAGGUUAGGAUUUAACCUGCUUUCGAACAUCUGGGCCCUUGUCUUAUAGCGUCGUAUCGGAUCAAGUCAGUCAAGUUCAAACCUUGGGAAUCCCAGGUGGAGAUCAUAUGAAGGCAAUGAAAAAGCGUCGUCGACUUAAAAUUUGUCCGGCUUCGCCAUUUUAGUAUGAGGUCAAUUGUUCUGGCGGGCCUUUAAUUUCGAUUUUCUUUUUUGAAAUCGCGAAUGCUAGUCUGUUAGCCUUCCUUCUACUUUCUUCUCUAAAUUUUCGACCCUUUUUAUUCAUCUUAGGGAGGUGGUGUUGCUUCAAGAAAAGUUGUCCGCUUACAAUACUUUUGUGGUAAGAAAAAUGUUUUGCUGUCGUUAUUUCCUAGUAAAUUCUCUUACUCGUAGUGUUAAGCCAUGCAUAGGAGAAUGUCUACUGUGAUGUUAUUUGGACGAAGGCUUUUACUUUUACUGUUGUCUUGUUGUUGUUUUUGUCGUUUUGUUGUUGUUGUUUUUAUGCUGUUGCUGCACAUUAAAGGUGAUUUAUAUCUUUGAGUUGUGGAUUUACUCUAAUAUCCUGGCGAUUAACCGUUCAAAUAUUAGUUACUUAACAGUCCCUUAUUGUGGAUGUGUCAGUUCUAGUAGUUUAGAAAGUCAAGUUUGCGACAUGCGACUUGCUUAUUUUUUUCGUCGUUUUGUUUUAUUCAGGUUCCAAACGGUCACGAAGAGGACGAACUCGCUGAUGGAGAAGUCAUGAAUUACAUGUGUCGAGAUGAUGAGGUAAUGAAAGAGAACCUUUACUCUUACAACUGUUUGAUCUUAAAACUUCUUUCGAACAACAAGAACAAAAUCAGAAUUUUUUUUCCAAAGUGCGAAAAGAAUAUUUUAGAAAACCAAAUGAUACGAAAAUGCGCGCCACCGUUUUGAAUUUUGUGACGUCAAUUAGUCGCUACGAACCAUUGUUCCAUGCCAAAGAACAUGUAGCCUUCCACAAUGCAACUCGAAAAAGUCAUAGUUGUUCAAAUGGAAACUCGCCAAAAGUUUAAAGCAAAACAUUGACAUAAGUAUCUUAUUUCUGAUUAUUUUCCUUGGACAUUAGAAUUCACUUCUGAUAAGCUGACGUCAAUUUGUUAAAACAGUGGGAAUCCGUGAUUACAAUAGCAAGGAAUGCUACUCUAGGAAAUAAAACAAUUCGUGCUCUUUUAAACUACUCGUAUUUGUUCCAAAACGUGAACAAUAUAAUGCAAGGUUUUGUGACGGACGUGAAUUUAACGCGGUCGAUUUUCCUUUCUGUCUGUUAUUCUUGGUUUGCAACCACGUGACAAGGCGGCCAUGUUGGGGGUCAAAACAAAAGAAUAUUUCCUCGAAGAAUUUACAUGAAAAUAGAGUUUAGUUCCCAGAGGAGAGAAGUGCUUUUGUUCUUGACCACCAACAUGGCCGCCGUGACGUCACGUGCAAACCAGCAAUACAGCUAUUUUAUAAAACUAGCGUACCUAAUAAGUAAGGGAGUGCUGCCCUAGUGUUAAUAUAUGCCACAGACACAUUAAAAACGAGGAUUUCAACUAACCUCAACGAACUUCAUGCAACAACAAGCCAGCGGAGGUCGUUAUAUCAAAGCAAUGGGUGUGCAAGGAAUUGCGGUAAAAAUCCGGUGCAUUGUGGCUUAAAAUCCAGAUGCAUCAUGGGUAGAAAUAGAAAAUGUUGGUCCCUGUACAGAUUAGGUCUGCUGCCUUGCUCGCUCGCCUCAGGCGCGCUGGCGCGGCAGCAAUCGGUGAAUUUUGACCUCUGUAUCUUUAUAUCUUACAGAGCGAGUUUUAUGGAAGCAAUUUAAGCCUGACCGAUUCAGUGACUCCGCCUGUUAUCACCCCUCCCCCCACACCAGUUAAUCGCUUUCUGGCUUCUGUGAGCUCCAGCAAACGGAACCAAAUCCACGUGUGUAUCCCGCGAUACAUCCUACGGGGCCUGGGGCGAGAUUCCUAUCACGUCUUUGAAGUGAAGGUAAAGCAUUUUUUCGCAUUGUUUUUGUUCUUUGUUGUUGUUGUUGCCCUCUUGUACCGAUAAUCUCUCCGUAUUGAGUGCUAUCAGCCAAUCCCUUCGUCAUUUCCCUUAUAGUUAAGUGUAAGUGAUUGAAAUGAUUAAGUACCCUCUUGUAACGAUAAUCUAUCAGUAAUGCUAAAAGACUUUGUUAUUUCCCUGUAAACGAUUGAAAUGUUAAGUUCCUAAGAAAGUGAAAGUAAGAAUAUCUGAUGAAAAUGUUUUAUUGUUUUUCCGCGUUCGUAACUCUUCUAUCCAUUAAGCUUGUUUUGUUUUGUUUUGUUUUGUUUUGUUCAGUUUUAUUUUUCGUUCCUCUGCUUUCAUUUAUUGGCCAGGCGGACCCGUAUGAAUGGUUGUAAAGAAAAGGUUGUGUGAAGUUAUUAUCGUGAUUUAGCUGUUUCAUGGCUGAGCACUAAUUUUUUUUGGAUUUCAGAGCACAGUGGGUGCUGAUACAUGGUCAGUUUACCGCAGAUAUCGGAAAUUUCGAGAGCUGCACAAGACGAUGCAGAAAAGUUAUUUCGAGGUACUGAUACUGAUGUUUUUUUUUCUCUUCCCAAACGCACAGUCCAUGGUACCAUAAACAAGUAUAAAUAAGGGGUGAGGGGUACUCGCUUUAUGCUACACAGAUACCGUAAACUGUACACCUUCCAACUUAUAAGCCCCUCCCCCCCCCUAAAAAAAUAUAGGCCCAUCUACCUGUAAACUAAUAAUACAUUCAGCUAUAAGCCAUCCCGGAUAUAAAUAAUAAAUAAAUAAUCAUCUUUAUUGAGGAAACUUUUUCAUAAAAGAUAUGGUUUUCAAAAAGGACCUCAAAACUAGAUAUAUAUUAUAAAAACAAAACAAAGCUAUAAAAUUGCAAAGGGAUUAAAAAAAUACAAAAAUGCAUAAAAAAUUAAAAAUAAGUAUAAGUAAAAAUUAAACGUAAGUAGCUAUAUCAAAAACUUAAAAACAUUACGUUUAAAACUAUUUACAUUCCUUGAGUCUUUGAUCGUCUGACUGAGGGAGUUAAAAUCGGAAACGGCAUGAUAUUGUGUUCUUUGCUUCCCCCAAUUUCUUUUGACACGUGGUAAUCUAAAAUUGCCUUUGUUACGUGUAAAACCCCUCUAGCUUACAUUGAAAUGAAUUCAAUUUUUUACGACGUGUUGAAGCUUGAAAAAGGGAGCAAAAUCAAAAAGUAUUUUGAUCAGCACCGCUAUGUAGCUUGUUUUAAAACGUUGUUUAGUCCGGAUAUAAGUCCCUCCCCACCCCACCCCCCUUCAAUUUAUAAGUCCUUCUAAAACCACUUACAAAGUUGUGCUAGUAAUAACCAAACGUUACGGAGUGCGGGCGACAACGAUCGAAGGUCAAAACGUUUUGCUUUAUCACUGUGCUACUGUGCUCUGCGUAAGCUUCACGUGAGAGAAAGUCAGAACACGCGUGCUCAGAUUGAAGGUCCAAACGCGCGUGAUCAACUUGAAAUUGCGUUCUGAGCAUUCCAUUCAUUCUUAGUGGAAGUCCAAAUGAAUGCUGGCUACAUACAUGCGACGCAUGCGUAAUAACAACCUGGAGAUUAGGAUUGCGGGUUCUUCUUGUCGCCCACAAUAGGCCCAGGGCUGACAAGAGAAGCUUCUCAGUAUCUACACGUUUCUUUUAGUAAACGUCUUAGUGUGAAAAGUAAGGCGGUAUUCACGGGCCCGGGAAACUUUUAACGACUGCCACUGCACGCAUUUGUGGCUCUAUUUUUACUAGUAUAUAAAAUACUUUGGCAGAGAUACUGUUGUUUAUAACUUUGUAUUAUGCGAAUUUAUAGUUUGGUAGCGGUAGUUAGUGUUUUCUCUCCUCCCCCGGACGUAACUCCAACCUCUCUGUUUCAGCUUACACUUUUUACUCCUUUACGAUUUAGAUUGGUGCUCUAGAUUUUCCUAACCGACGGUUUUUCGGCAACAGAGCUGAAGAAUUUGUAAGAGCUAGAAGGGCGCAACUUGAGGUAAUGUGACGUAUACUCUGUGGACGUCUUUAGUACGUUUACCUUAAGUCUAGUGUAGUAUCCUUGUUGUUUGUCUGGUAUAUUGACAGAGCACUAACGGUUGGUUGCCUCUACAUAAAUGUGGAAGGCCCGUGUCGCAAGCUCAAUCACGCUACACUGUUAUAGCACUACUUGGCUUUAAACGUCUUGUUGCCAUGUCAAAUUCAAUACAGCUCAUAAUAUAUCAUAAACUGUAGCCUGUGUAACCAGCGGGAUUUGUAAUUUUUGUUCAUUGAGAAGAAUGGAACGAAUCUCGCAAAGCAAGGCGGCUCCACCGUCAAAAAGCACUUACCCACGAUUCGCCAGCUAAGCAGACGCUCAAACCAUGUUUUGUUCAAGUUUUCUGCUCUCUUGUAAGUCAGUCAACCUAAGGAUUUUCUGUGUUAUUUUUCAGGCGUAUCUUCAAUCGUUCAUUGGACUGUGCUCCAAAAUCCCAGAUUGCCCGAUUUCAGCCAUGACUAACAGAACGCUGACCAAAAGGGAUCUGUGUGACUUUGCUCCGUUUUUCAAGCAAGGCAUCUUCGAGCAAACUAAAGCCUAUUCGGGAUAAUUCUUAAAUAGCCUACGCACUUCUUUCUUUUGACAUCUCUCGCUUGCUUCGAGUGGAAGAAGAGAAGAUGUGUAACACGGGCUAUCGGUUUCGGUACGAUUCAAGCUACGAAAAGCCUAAAGGCAUAGCAUUAAGUAAUAAUAUUUAAAAGUUAUUCGUAAUUACCGUGUCAGUCAACUGAAGGAAGCUGUUUAACACUUUUUUGGGGAACGCCUGGCCUUGUAAGGCCAUAAUAAAAUGAUAUAAAUAAAAAUUACAAAAUUAUAAAAUGGCAUAUUAUAACAAUCUUGGUAUAAGAAGUUUGGAAAAGUGUAAUGUAGAUUCACACAUUUUGUGGAAAGUUUGUAUAUUUUUCAUGCGUUAUUGGAAAAAUAACUGCGUUUUACAAUAGCGUGACAUAUAAAUGUCGGAUUUCAUGUCACACAAAAUUUGUCACGCAAUAUAUAGACGUCGAAAAUAUUCCCCCGUGGUUUUCUAAUUGAGUGACUUACGGUUUUAUAUUUUAAACUAAGACUACAAUGAUAGUGUUAUAGAUUUUGCAAUUUCGAAUAUUCAGGCAAUGAACAGAUAACAUUAACAAGUGGAACAAAUGAUAUUUUGCCGUUGAUAAAUGAUAGUGCAAAUUCUAUUUAUUUAUGUAAGGAGUGUUAUAGUAUAUAGCGGAAUAUUUUGCGUAUUUAUAAAUACUGGCUCGCUAGACAAUGAUUGUCACGAAUAAAUUAACUGGAAUUAAAACUAGUCUUUUUAAAAAUGAUAUAUAGUGGAAAGAUAAAAAUCGCUGUGUAACUGAAAGAGUCUGGGGACAACUUUACCCGAGUUUGUUGAGUUCCGAUCAUUUGUCCGCCAGUGGGCCAUUUCCGAGUUCUAAAACUCUCAUUUUCAAAACGAGGCUACAAUAGCUUCACAAGUAGCCUCGCUUUGAAACAGAGGCUCGAGGCAACUCGAAAAUGGCCAUA